ACUCUUCUUUAUAAAAAUCUCUUCGAAAUUAUGUGAUUUUCUAAGACGUUUGUUCUCUGGGCUCCAUCUUAAGAUUCUACUGCACACCCACCUAACAAGCUGAAAAGUAAGCAUAUUGCUUACACUCAUACCUCAAGAAUGGAUUGAACUAUUUCCUUGAAAGUUCGUAGGACUCAACUAUAUGCUUUUACAGAGAGCAUACGCUUUUCAUAAUUUCAUUAUUUCUUCAAGUUUUUCUUAUUUUAGCUAUUUAAACAUGAAUUUGCUAUUUUGGAAAAGAAGCAUCGAGAAACGAAUUUGAAAAUACAGUGACCUUUAGAAUAACAACACAAAUCUAAAUCCGUUUGAAUUUUGUUCAAAUUCCUAAUAGUUUUGCAAUAAACUGAGUCGUUAAAUUGCAAAUUUGAACCAAAAAUGAACCGUUACAUUGCCAACCUAGUUCGAGGGUUAUUCUCCAGAGAGCUCUACUGUUGAAACGUAACCCCCACCACCUACUACUUACAUACUAAGACUGCCCAGCAGUGUAUCAAUGAAUGAAUUGAAUGAAUGACCACAAGAAAGAGUGGGAAUGGGAGGGGAAUAGAUGAGAAGUCUGUUACACUCUCUCUCUGUCUCUCAAUUCCAGCUAGCUUUUGCCAUAUCCAUGCCAUGUGUGACUUAUUAGUUAGUUGAAACGUGACAGUGACAGUUCAUCCAGUCAUUUGUGAUAAGUUACUAUGGGUUUUCAUUUAUAGAAACGUUUUGCCUUGUUUAUUCUAGACAAUCCUUGUUAGUGAAUAAUACUUUUUCUAUUCUAUUCCUAUUGACUUCGAAUCACGUGAAAUGUUAUAAAAAUGUUGAAGUGCAUGCGACCAAAUUAUUUAUCAUAAAAAAUGGACGAAACGCCGAAGCCUCAUCAAAGUCGCCGACGCUUUAGACACAAAAGUGGACGCAGAUUGAAACUUAGCGCGAAACCGCUUAAACGAAGAGGAACAGCGUUAAUUCAAUACUGGGCUUCCAAAAGGUAAGCUAAUAUUUGAUACACAUCCAUAAUUUCCUUCAUCAAGAACCAUAACAAUCAAUAUAUCUCCAUUUGUAAUUUGAGUAAUAAAGCUUCAAUUCUCAAUCGAAUAUACAAUUAUACAUGUCAACGUUUUUAGAAAUAUUGAACAGUUUCACGAUUCUAUGCUAUGAAAGCUCAGGGAACUUGGAAAACACCCAUUCAAAAAAUGUCAAUUGUCAAUUACGAAUAGUGUAAUCGGCAGACCUAUCUUACACUAAUUUUACUGCAUUUUCCAUAAUAUAUUUUCACUAUUUUUUGAAUGGGAAAUUCGUCAUUGCCACCUAUGAAUAGUCCUAUUGAUCUUGUUUUUUUUGUAAUUCCAGGGGCAGAGGCAGAAGUGAAGCUCAGACCGAAGAGUAUAAUGACUCCGAAAAUUCUACGAUAAAUACGGCCUCUGACGCAGAUUUCGUCGCUGAAGAAAGCAAUGUCUGUGACACUUGUCCAGAAAACAAAGACGUUUACGACACUCAUACAGAAAUAAUUGCAGAAGAAAGAAAAAGAACAGAAAGCAGCAUCACCAAAUUAGAAGGUAGACGAAUAGUGGACAUCAAUUCGUUUAUUGUGCAAAUUCAACAAAUCGAUGACCACUUACCAUUUCAUUGCGGUUUUAAAGAUAUGGUAGUAGUGAAAGAACGAAGAAUAGGAUUAAAUUCGUGUAUAACAUUGAAGUGUAAAAUGUGCAAUGAAAAGAAAUCACUGUGGACAAAUUUUUCAAACGAAAACACCAUGGAUGUGAAUACAUCAGCAGUUUCCGGUACAAUCAGCACAGGAGGAGGACAUGCACAGCUGGAAGAGGUUAUGUCAUCCCUAGACAUUCCCUGCAUGACCUACCACACCUUUAGGAAGUAUCAUGACCGAGUAGCUGAAGCCUGGAAGGAAACCGCCGCAAAAUCAAUGGAGAUGGCAGCAGAAGAAGAAAAGCGGGAAGCGAUCAAAAGGGGAGACGUUGAUAGUGAUGGAGUACCUUUAUUGACUGUUGUUGCGGAUGGCUGUUGGGCGAAGCGCUCCUAUCGUACCAAAUAUAAUUCCCUCUCUGGUGUGGCUGCUAUUGUUGGAUACCACACCAAGAAAGUAUUAUACGUUGGAGUGAAGAACAAAUACUGUACGCUUUGUGUACGGGCUGAACGAUCGGGUAAGCAGGCAAAAGAGCAUGUAUGUUUCAAGAAUUGGGGAACACAUCAAAGUUCUACAAGUAUGGAGGCUGCACUUAUUGCUGAGGGAUUUUCAUUGAGUGAAGAAAUGUAUGGGGUACGAUACAAUCGGCUUAUUGCUGACGGUGAUAGUAGUGUCUAUAAAACGUUGCUUGAUCGGAGGCCCUAUAAGAAUACUACUAUACUUAAAAUUGAGUGUAGAAACCAUCUUUUACGAAACUACUGCAAUAAAAUUAGAGAGAUUGCUCUGACAAGCGAUAAAGGACAUAGCCCUAUUACGUUACGCAAGAAGAUAGGUGACAGGCUACUAAGACUAAGAUACGGAGUUACAAGAGCAGUGAUAUACCAUCAGAAAAAUCCUAACAAAAUUGAAAGGAUCGAAAUGUUGAAAGAGGACAUUUUGAAUGGACCGAAUCACGUUUUUGGGGACCAUGGAAACUGCAAAAAUUAUUUUUGCAGUGGUACAGACCUACGCAACUUACCAAAUUUAGUGCCUAGUCUAGAAGCAGUUGGGCUUUUUCAGCGAGUCAAAAAUGCUGCUCGUUUUUUGAGUCUACAAGCCUCUAGUUUACUUGAAGAUGUCGACAGCAACUACGUGGAGCACUACAACCACGCAGUUGCUAAAUUUGUCGGUGGAAAGAGAAUAAAUUUCACAUCUCGCGGAAGCUACCAGGCAAGGUGUGAGGGAGCUGUUGUUCAGCACAAUACGGGAAUGGCCCUGUACAACUUGCAUAAAACUAUGUGCAAUUCUUCAAGUCCUGGAAGAUUCUAUAAGUCAGUCCAGGUUAAACGUAGAAAAAAGAUAGAACAGGACAGAAGAAGGAGAAAUAUAUCAUCAAGAAAAUCACUUUUCUCUACAGCCAUCCAAAAAACAACAGUUGACCAUGAUUACGGACCGAAUGCUCAACGCCCUGACAUCAGUGAAAAAGAACUUGUCAUUGAGAAAAAUAGGUUUUUAGCCUCACUGGUGUUAUCAGAAGAGAGCCGUCACCAGUUGGAAAGGAGGACUGUCCUGCAGCAUCACUCCGCUGAAUGGCUUGAAGAGAGACAGAAAAGGAUUACUGCAUCAAAUUUUGGACGAAUAAGCAAGAGAAGGCCAAAUACCGGAUGUGAAAAUGUAGUUCGCGAACUAUUGUAUGGGGGCGGUAAAAAUUGUUCAGCAAUGGAGUAUGGGAGGAUGAACGAGGAGGCUGCUCUAAAAAAAGUUAGUGAGAUAGCUGGACAAAAAAUUUUGAAAUGUGGGCUAUUCAUUGAUGCCGAUUUUCCAUUUCUGGCAGCAUCGCCGGAUGGAUUAUUAGAAGAUGGGCAUGGUAUUGUGGAGGUCAAAUGCCCUCAGACAAUAAAGGACCUACUCCCAAGGGAAGCAGCAAAGUUGAAAAUAUUGAAAUUUUGCAAAAUUGAAGAUACAGAUAUCGAAUUGAACACAAACCAUAACUACUACUAUCAAAUACAGGGACAACUCCACAUUACGAAACGUCAGUACUGCUUAUUUUGUAUAUGGUCGCCAAAGGGGACAGAAGUUGUUACUGUAUACAAAGAUGAGCAGUUCUGGAGUUCGAAGAUUCUUGAACAAGUGAAAAAAUUUUAUAUGGACUGUGUAUUGCCGGAGCUUGUUGAUCCUCGACACACGCGUUCAAUGCCAAUUCGAAAUCCAGAUUGGAUUAUUGAGGCGCAAGAAGCACGUAAGAAGAAAUAAUGAUGACACAAACAUAACUGGAAAAUAAAAACAAAUAUUGUCACAUACCACUUAUUUAUUAUUAAAACUUACAUUAAAGUAUUAUUAAAGUAAUACUUUAUUAAAGUAAACUUACAUUAAAGUAAUGUACCUAGGUUUCAUAAUGGCCUAGGCUUACAUUACUUUAAUGUAAGUUUUAAUAAUAAAUAAGUGGUAUGUGACAAUAUUUGUUUUUAUUUUCCAUUAUGGAGAAAUACCACAACAUCUCCUCAAACACAAUCAAUUAUACAAACAUAACUAUUCUUCCUUUUCUCCUUUUAUAGUAGUAGUUAUGGUUUGUGUUCAAUUCUAUAUUUGUGUCUUCAAUUUUGCAAAAUUUCAAUAUUUUCAUUUUUAACAAAGUCAUUUUUCAUUGUUCAUUGCACCGGUAAGGGCAUUUGUGCAGAGAGAAAAAGAGAAAGAAACGAGUGAGAGCGAGGAGGAGAAUGAGAAGAUUUAGAACGGAAAGAGUGAGGAGAAGUGGAUGGAAAAGAGGGAGAAGAAGAAUAAGGGGAAAAGAAGGAGGAGAAGGUGAAGGAGGAAUGAGAAAAAGAUUAAAAAGAAGGAGGAGAAGGUGAAGAAGGAGGAAUAGGAGAAGAAAGAGGAGAUGGUGAAGAAGGAGAACAAGAAGAAGGAGAACAAGAAGAAGUAAGGCUUAUUAUUUCUCAAAAUUCACGUAAUAUUGUUUGAAGACCAUCAACAUAUUUUAUCGUCUUAUCUGUCUCAACUUCCGCUGAAAUAUAUUUAAAAUACAUAGAAAUAUAUUUUCAAUUACUUCUUUUAUAUUAUUUUUUUAUUAUUAAUAAUACUUUUUUAGAUUAAUUUUUCCAUUUUAAAACAAGUAAUGAGUUUGUACUUCUCGCACACAUUUUGUGUUUGAGAAAACUCACAAAGAAAAGUUUUCUUCUGAUAUUGAUAAAUUUGAAGUUGUAGGGUAUAAUAGUAGCUUCAGUUUCUAGUGUAAUAGUAGUUCUAGUAACAGUAUAGUGUAUAUUUAUGUGAUAUUGAAUUCCUGGGCUGACUACCUUUAGGAUAUAAUUCAAUUAUCUUCUGACUUAUUGUAGUUUAUCAAUGUAUAUAUAGAAAUAUAUUUUCAAUUACUUCUUUUAUAUUAUUUUUUUAUAAAACAUAAAAAACUUACUUAAUACUUACUUACU